GGUUUAUUCCACGAAGUGAGCUAACUCAGUAAGCCAGGCUUAUUUCAACAAACCUGGUUAAUUUCCAUCAAUUUCGGUUCCAGAAAAGAAGCUAAUCAUAAGCCCCACUGAGUUACUAUGGCAACAUGUUCUUUUGGACACACCUGCUCAGGUUAGAUUUGAAGCUUAGUUCAGCUUGAUGAUUCUGCAUAUUUUCAUUAGCUUUUCAGUGACAGGUUUAAAACCUUAUUUAUUUGUAGCAUACUUAUUCAUGGCAUCAAUAACUCGCAUUUCAAUAAGAGAAUUUUAAAAAAUCUUCUCCAAAUCAUCAUCAGUAUAUUCUGGUAUUAUAUAAACACUGUGCACUGAGUAACAUUCCGUAAUUCAUUUCUGACAGCAGUAACAACAAUGACAGGGUUUACGAAAAUCUUCAAUAUUUUCCAAAUUCAAAACAAAUCUUUUCUAAAAGUAAUUAAAUAAAUAUUAGGUGUGUCUAUAAUCUACUAUUUUUACUCAAGUUUGUAUUUAACAUGUUCAUUUUGACAAAAGAACCAAUUUAAAUUGUCUUAUAUUAUUUUGUUUGUUUUAUAUAUAUGUUCUUACAUAUUUAUUCUGUCAGAUAUUUCUGACAUGCUGCACUUUGAGCUUUGUUAAUUGCCAAGAUGUUGCUUUUAUUUGUAAUAAUGUUUUAAUACUCAUCAUAUAAUUUAAUUAUAAGUGGUGUGUAAAGCAGUGAAGUAAUGGAGUGAAUAAAGCAGCUCUCUCAUGUGCUGCCGUAUCACUGUAUCUUCACUCCACUGUUAUGGCUGAUUAAAUAUCACGUGCACGCGCAAGAACCUCGACUGGCCAGUUUCAGCCUGAAUUAGUGAAAUAAGUUGCACCUGAAUUUGCACUAAAUCAAGCGAGACUGUUUAUUAGCAAGCUUCGUGAAAAACCUCCCCGGGUUGGGGUUUGUUGUUGAUCUCGCUGUUCAGUGGAAAAGCUCUACAGGUGUGUUAGAGCAGGUGAGUGGACUCCAGGACCGGAGUGUGCACCCUUCUGUGUCAUGUCUCAGUGAAGUGUGAUGACUUAAACGUGUUCUGUGCAUGACAACAAAUAUUUAUAAUUAGUAGAUGAAAAUGCAUAGGACUGUUCAGAUACACGCUAGUGUUGCAGUCAGAAUACUGGACUUCAGUGCUGUCUACAGAAAUGCUGAACAUGUUUAAUAGCUGCUGUAUUGCUUUUAAUUCAGGGUCUGAGCUGCUACAUGAAGCUGUUUUGCUGCUGUUAAUACUGUAUUUGUGUCUCUGUGGAAUUAUAUUAUAUUGCUAGCGUCUUCUUUGCAAAGCCAUAUUUUUAAUCAGGAGUGGCAAAACCUGGUGCUCGAGGGUCACCAUGAAGAAAUUCGUCUUACUCUGAAUAAUUUAAACUUGUAUCUACGAUAUUACACAUUUUAACUGUAUUAAUGUACAAUGACUACUGUAGAAUGCUACAAAGUGUGAAAUAAUUAAUAUUUUUGUUUGCUAACAUAUUUAGAAAAAAAUCCUCAAAGUUCAAAUGACUCAUUUUGAUUUAACAGAUCAAGUUCUAUUCUUCUUCUUCUUCUUCUUCUUAUUAUUAUUAUUAUUAACAGAAAAGCAAGAUAUUAUUUCUACCUCUAAAAUCAUGUUUCGCCACCUCUGAUUUGUUUUCCUGAUCAAGUGAAUCCUGAGUUGUCUCUGUAUUUUGCAUUCGAUACCUUUGUGAUGCCUUUUCUUAGAGUGUGUGUGUGUGUGUGUGUGUGUGUAUGUGCAGAGCUUGUGUAAUUGGUUGACAUGCUUUAUAACUUCCAUGGUAUCAUGGAGAAGACCGGUACAAUGGAAUGACUUUUCCAGCUUGAGUUAGCUGCCUGCCACACUAACGUAGCCUACUGUAGACUUCAGACCCAAAAAACCCAGUUAUGAGUUGUUGUUGGUCGGCUUUAGCAUGAUACUACGUCAGUGUGCUUUCUUUUUUUAAUGAUCUUGCUUGUCUUUUCUAUUUUAAAUGUUAUUUAUGCCUGAUUUUUCUCCUAAUUGUGGAAUUACAAUCAAUAUAAGCUAAAUAAUUAAAAUGAUCAUGUCCACUGGCUGUGCAAAUGUUUAUCUAAUUUUUCAGGUUUAAUACAGAGUACUUAAUCAAAAGAUUUCUAAACUUUAUAUAUAGCCACAGUGAUGUGUAUAACCCCACCAGCCUCAGACCUACAUUUCAGAAACACUAAAUUUAUGUUGUUUUUACAUGAUGAAAUCAUCAAUGGGACUGAAGUGAUUUUUUAUUCCUUUAAACACACAAAAAUGCCGUUAAUAUAACUAGGAAUAUUGGGUAAAUAUUAUGUAAAGAAUCCCAGAUUGUGGUAUUAAUAAUAAAAAAAGGUCCAGUAAAAUCUGAGAAUCUACAGGAUUCCUACAGCAAAGGUCUAAAACUAAUGAAGAUGUUAAGAUUAAAGCAGUGAGAUUAUUCAUAAGAACAGGAGAACAAUGCUGUGUGUGUUAGAUCCAACUGAAAAGUGGAGCAAACUCUUGCGUCACUUCACCCUGUCCACUGUGAACACCAAUAAAUCUAUUUAAAAGUGGUGUCUGUUGUACUCACCUGAUUGGCUAAUGCAUCAUCAAGACUCAGCCGAACCCUCAGUCUCACACUUUAUCUAAGACCAGCGUUUUCUCCUGACCUUUACAGAUGAGAUGCAGCUUGACUGGUCUGAGAUCAGCAUUAAAAAGGAGUAACAUGCACAUUAUAUACGCAUUCACACCAGCAGAAAAGCCCCAUGGUGUUGACUCUGUUAGUGACGCUGGCCUUUUUACAGCCACUGACUUUUAUGGAAGGCAUAUUGUUAGACAUUAUCUGAAGAUGUCAUGGCAACUCGGUCCCAAAACAGCAGAUGUCUCUCUCUCUCUCACACACACACACACACACACACACACACACACACACUCACUGAUUCAGCUGUAAAUAUCACCACUAAAUAUACCACACUGAUUCAGCCACACUUCUGUGCUCUGCAUUGUACACUGUAAAAUAUAUACAAAUAUUGCACAUGAGUAUAUUGGACUUUUAUUAUUGAAAUGUAUAUACUGCCCAUUGAUAAUAAGUGACAGAAUAAGUGAUAAGGCCAUAAACUCCAUUUAUUAAUCUGUCUGUUUUUUUUGCACCUAAACAAAAGCUAUAUAUUUUUAACUUGUCAUUUUUUUUUCUGUGCUAAAUUAAGAAACCCUGCCAGAUUAAUUCCAGCUGUUAUCCUAACUAUAGACACAUUGUUUAUUUAUAAACUCAGGCCGUGUGCUGAUCACGUGUGAAAGUAAAGCAGGUAGACGUGUUCUCAGUGUUGAAGGUUCUAUUUUGGAGAACACUCUUAUUGUUUCAGUGUUUUAUGGUCUUAUUUAUUUUACACUUAACUUUUAAUCCUUUGUUUGUACAUUCUUAUUGCUUUAAACUGUUUGUCUUACUAGCUUAUGAUAUUUAUCCAUAUUUCAGUUUCCUUCUUUGAACUUAUGCUAUUUUCCAUGGUUCUCUGUUUUCUCUAUUUUUUUAAAAUUUUUGUUUCUGUAAGCCUAAGUGCAGAAUGAGAGACAGAUUUAAGAUGACUUGGACACAUUCAUCCAAGAUUUAAGAUUUCUUGGUUUAAUUUUGAGCCUGACCAGAUCUCCCGCUCAGUGUGACGGUCAGAGCCACACAAAUUUCAUGUCUGACUCAUAUGGAUGCUACCGUACAUUAAAAUUAAAAUGGUAUAGAUGGUAAAAAUUAAAUUUAUUAUAAAAAUGUACUCUAAAGCCAGAGGUUAAUUUUCUGUUAGAGACUAAAGACUGGAGAAUUAUGGAAAAAGGAUCAGUGAGAGAUUACACUGAAGACAUAAAAAAACUUCACAAAGAAACAGAAUUAAAUUAUUCCUGAGCGCGCUCUCCUGGAACCUGCGAGACUCCAACAGUCUGGAUGAGGAAGUGUGAUUAAUCUUUCACAGGUCUGAACUGAACAGAAGUCUGGGACAAAUGUUUAAUCACUUCAAAUGACUUAGGAGUACAUUUUAUAAUUUUUUUCUUUUUAUUCAAAGGCUUUUUUCAAAAAAAAAAUUCUAGUUUCAAACUUUCUGAGUCAUUCCCUCUCACUGGAAUAUGAGAGUUAUAUUUUCAUUACAGAUAAGAAUUUACACAUUAUCUGAGCAAUCCUCAAAGCUCAUACCUGUUUCCUGUGCAUCUAAUAAACAUGACUCUUCUUCACUUCCUGCAUUAUUCAUCCUCAUCCUCACUAUUAUCUAUAGGAAUAAAUAAUAUAGUAUUAUUCAUAAUCUGUUUAAUCUGUUUAUUCCAUGUGCAUGUUCUGAACAAAAAAAAUGCAAACCAUUAUUGUGAAAGCUGCAUAAAACAGAAAUGAGAAAUAAGAUAAAAUUGGACCAUUAGUGAUAAUAAAAAUGUCUUAUUUAUGAAAAUUAUACAAUUUAGUCACAUCACCUUCAUUCAAAUGAGCUGAAGGUUUUUCUGUGAACUUCACUUGCCAAACUGAGCAAUACUGCAAUAGAAACAUUUAUAUUUUACUAAAAGUAUAUUUUACUAAGAAAGUAUUUUUGUGUGCAGAAGAAGUAUUCAGAUUAUUGACAAAUAACAAUUAAUUUCAGCUUCCACGUAGCAUAAAAAGGUGAAUGAGAGAACUGGUUUUGUUUAAACGCUGAAAAGAUCCAGAUGUAAGCUGCAGUAGAGUGUUUAGUCACUACAGGACAUUAUUGUUUCCCUACAUACACAAGGUUCAGACUCAUUAAUGCAAAGGCAGAUUUGCAUAAUUAGUUAGUUUGUUUAAGUGUUUUAGAUUGUAACCAUGCUGAAAAACAAUAACAAUGCAAAACUCGGAAAAGAACAUUCAAUUUGUAAAGCAGGAAACCAACUUCCUGCCAUGCGUAUGCUUUGUUCAUGUUUUGUAGAUGUUUUAGACGUAAGCACAGCCAGUGAAGUGCAGGAACAUCAUCCAGCCACACUUCUCUAUCAAAUAUCACAAACUGUCACAGUCUGUGUGCAUUCUUCGUCUACACCUCGGUGAUGAAGCACCUGUUCAUACUCCUGUUUUUCACAGGAGUCAUCCCCAUCAUCCUGCCCGUCCCUCGUAAAUACUAUUUGAUCCAGCUGGGGAGAAAUUGGAGUGAUGCUCAGGUGUACUGCCGAGCCACAUACACUGACCUGGCCACCAUCGAAACCACAGAUGACAUGGUCCAACUUCAGAAUGCAGCACAGAGUCAACAAGUCAGUUCUGGUGCUUGGAUUGGACUCUACAAUGAUAUCAACAGCUGGCGCUGGUCAAUGGGAAAUGAGCCACUAGGAAGGAUGACCGAUUGGGAUAUAGAUUUUUUGCAGCCCAAUAACUUAAAUGGAGAUGAAGAGUGUGCUGUGAUAGACAUCAUAGCUUGGUUGGAUAGACCAUGUACAGAAAUAAAGCCCUCUGUGUGUUUUGAUGACAGGAACACUGACAACAACAGGUACAUUUACAUCCCUGAUCUCAUGACGUGGCGUGAAGCUCAGAGCUACUGCAGACAGCAUCACACAGACCUGGCCAGUGCGAGGAAUGAAACUGAAAAUUCACUUAUAAAAGCAAUGGUCUUCGGGGAAACUUGGUUCGGUCUGUUCAGAGAUUCCUGGAAGUGGUCAGACCAGACAAACUUCACCACCAUUACCUGGGCACCUGGAGAACCCGAUAAUUACCAAGGGAAUGAAAAUUGUGUUCUUUUAUAUGAUGGUCAAGUUGAUGAUACGAUAUGCUCAGACAUAAGACCUUUCUACUGUCACUCAGUUCUGCCUCCAGUAAUCACAGGACAAAAACAGAUCAUAAGGGUGAAGGUCCAGUCCAAUCAGGAUGUGAAUGAUCCUGCAGUAAAGGUGGUCGUCUUGGAUAAGAUUACACAGAAACUGAAGGAUCAUGGGAUUACAGAGAACGUCACAGUGAAAUGGAGAGAGCAACCAGAUGGACUGGUGUUUAACAAGGAGAAAGAAAAUGCUACACUAGAAAAUACAAUCAUUAAUGCAGACGAACUCUAAAUCUUUAGCUACUUCUCAAAUUGCAUACUUCUGUAGUGCACUUGCCAAUUUUAGUUCAUUAAUUCCAGGAUAAUGUGACUUAAUUCAGGAUUGUGUACUAAAACGUACAAAAACAGAAAUGCUGGAUAUUUCCUUACUUAUAAGAGCUUUUGCUGAUUUGGUGUGACAGUGUUCAGGUGGUCUGAGAAUGUGAGACAGAACCUGAAUAUGUUUGUAAUUCUGACAAAGUUUACUUCUAAAUUUAAAUUCUUUAGGAUAGUACUGUUACAGAAAUUUACUCACCACAGAUGUCAGUAAACUUAAAGAAGAAAUAAAGAAAAAGAAAACAAUGAAACUUUUGUUUCAUGUUAUUGCUGUUCACAGAAUUCAUCUGAACGGUGAAGAAGCUACAUGCUGUUCUUAUAAAUGUUCCUCAAUUUGCUCUCGAUUCUCCAACUUCCCAGUGCGCAACUGAGAAAAGUUAACUCGUCAUUGAUUCAGGUCGAGGCCGGGACAUAAAAUAACAGUGCAGAAGCCAGCCAAUAUUGUGGUACAAGUGGUUUAGUAUGGUAUAAAUAAAAAUAAAAUAAUAAACAGAAAUAGUAUUUAAUAAUGCGCGCACGCACACACACAUUCAUGCACACCUAUAGGGAAAGUUAUCUCAGCCAGUCCA